AUGCUGUUCAAGGCUAUUUUUGCUACACUGGCCGUGGUUUCUACCGUUGCAGCAGUUGCAGCAGGCGGAACGGGUGACAGUGCCACCGAGCGAGUGAAACCAAAUAUUGUAUUUAUCUUCACCGAUGAUCAAGACGCGCGGAUGGAUUCUCUCUCCUUUAUGCCAAACGUUCAAAAACAUCUUGUGGAGCAAGGGACACUCUACAGAAACCACUAUGCCACUGCCGCCUUAUGCUGCCCGAGUCGCGUUAGCCUUUUACGUGGACAAUGUCCGCACAAUACAAAAGUUACCGGUCUAAUUCUCCCGCACGGUGGAUACAACAAAUUCAACCUCGAACGUUUGGGUGAAGAUUAUUUGCCGUUAUGGAUGAAAAAGGCUGGGUAUUCAAACUAUUUUAUUGGUAAAAUGAUGAACGAUUACAAUAUAAUCAAUUACAACAAACCGACACCUGCCGGAUUCGAUUAUCAAGAUCAAUUGGUGGACCCUUACACCUAUGUAUACAAUAACGCAGUGUUUUCACGAAACGGACAACCUCCCGUAUAUUAUAAGAAUACGUACCAGACUGAUGCCAUCCAUGCCAAAGCUUUGGCUACUUUAAGAUGCCAACGCGGCAAAGAUAAACCGUUCUUCCUAUGGCUUGCGCCUACAGCUCCGCAUUCUCAGAGCAAAAUGGGGCCUCAAUACGGGUUAAGCUUUCUUAAAAGUGAGCCACCUGUUCCGGCUUCACGACAUGCUCACCUGUUUAAAAAUGUUAAAAUUCCUCGGACACCAAAUUUCAACCCAGCCAAUCGAACCAAAACGGCCUCGUACUGGAAAUUAAUGGACCGCCUAAAUGAGACUGAAGUUGCAUAUCUCGAUGAAGCAUAUCGUCAGCGGUUACGGGCACUGCAAGCUGUGGAUGAGAUGGUGGGCUCCGUUAUUGAAGAACUUGAAAUUCAAGGCAAGCUUGAUAGCACGUAUAUUGUCUUUAGCACAGACAACGGGUAUCAUCUUGGUCAGCAUAGGGCCUAUUCAGGAAAGACAACCGAUAUCGAAGAAGAUAUAAAUAUUCCACUAGUUGUUCGUGGUCCAGGCGUUGCCAAGGAUCAUGUCAGCGAUAUUGUCAGCGCUCAUCACGAUCUGGCUCCUACGUUCCUUGCGCUUGCCGGUGGCGAUGAUUAUGUACCUGAUUGGGUCGAUGGUGGUGUAAUCCCUUGGACUGAUAGGCUCCGCAGCCAUCCAAAGCCUGUAUCCAAAGAGUCGUUCGCGGAGGAUCCUUACGAGCUUUAUAAUAUUUAUGGAUCAAGUGAAGCUACUACCGAGCUCAUUGAUCGGCUGGAUGCAUUGCUGAGUGUUUUAAAAACAUGCCAUGACCGUACUUGUCGAGAUCCUUGGCGUUUACUUCAUCCUAGUAACAAUGAUGUUCAGACACUGGCAGAUGCUCUCGAUGAGAAGUAUGAUGUCUUCUAUAGACGGAUGCCAAAAGUUUCGUACAAGGAGUGCCUUUCUUUUUACUUGCCUUUGAACGAAGAUCCUCCCUAUUUUGAGCAGCAGACCACAGCCUCCUUACCGUCUUCUCGCUCUUUACAGCAGUGCAGUAUAUUUAAACCGGAUGAUACAAAGUGCAAGCUUCUUCCCCAAAUUAUCGAAUCCUUGGAAGACCAAUCUAUGAGCAAUGAAGAAGUGCAGCGCCUUAUAAGCCUUGUGCCACAACCUUCACAGUCGGUAGGGCAUCAUGUACCUAGUGAAGUGGAAUUAAAGGAGCGCGAAAACCCACUUCCUAAAGAGUUACUUGAAGCUAAAGUGAAUUGGAGCAAGUACGGCUUUUACGGCUUAUUUGGAAAUUAG